CUCCCCCCAUUACGCCCAUUCUCCUUCUCCCUCCUUCCGGUCUUUCAUCCAUCCCAUCCUAGACCUCAUAUCGUAUUUCCUAAUCCUCCUCCAACAUGGAGAACCAACGGAUCUCCGAUUUCCUCGCCGACCAGCUGCAGCAAGCUCCCGAGCAAUGCCAGGCCUAUUUCCUGAGCUUCGAAGAUUACUGGGAACGCAAACUAUGGCAUCAGCUUACGGAUUCCUUGAUUGAAUUCUUCCGUCUACCAGAGAGCGCCGCUCAGCGACUACCGAUAUUCAAGAGUUUCGUCCUCAGCUUCGCCGACAGAAUCAAUCAGCUCAAGUUCGUCUCGCUGGGGUUGAUGGCGUCAACAGAAUGCUCAAAUGACCAAGAACGCCUCACCUUCCUCACAUCGCUGGCAGACAAAGUCAACAAGCCCGAGUCACAAGAUGCUUACAUCUACGCCCUCGCGGACGUCGCCAACGUCAAGCAACGGCUACAAGACCUGAACGGUGCGCAGAAGGACCUGGAGACAUGCCAGAAAGUGCUGGACACGUUUGACUCCGUUGAGACCGUCGUGCACGCAUCCUUCUAUAAAGUCAACGCGGACUACUACCACGCCAAACAAGAAUUCGCAUCCUUCUACAAGAACGCCCUCCUCUACCUCGCCUGCAUCAACCUCGAGGAUCUCAGCGAAGCCGAGCGCAUUUCCCGCGCAUACAACCUUAGCGUGGCCGCGCUCGUCUCCGACACCAUCUACAACUUCGGUGAACUCCUCCUGCACCCGAUCCUGGACUCCCUCACCGAGACGCCGCACAGCUGGCUGCGCGAGCUCCUGUUCGCCUUCAACCGCGGCGACCUGACCGCCUACGACGUCCUCGCCGGAAACAUCUCCAAGAACCAGCUGCUCGAGCAACACCGCAUUUUCCUGUACCAGAAGAUCUCCCUGUCCGCGCUGACGGAGAUGGUCUUCCGUCGGCCCCCGCACGACCGCAACCUGACUUUCUCGUCCAUCUCCGCCGAAACGAAGGUCAAGCCCCAGGAGAUCGAGCAUCUGAUCAUGAAGGCGCUUUCGCUAGGUCUGCUCAAGGGUGCCAUUGAUCAGGUGGCUCAGGUCGCCCAGAUCAACUGGGUGCAGCCGAAGGUUUUGGAUAUGAAGCAGAUCGAGGGCAUGCGGAACCGUCUGAAGGAUUGGGAUGCUGGUGUCAACCAGCUGGGUCACUGGAUCGAGGGCGUUGGAAAGGAUGUGUGGGCUGCAUAGGUCCCAUUUUCUAUCUCUUUUAUAUCGUCUUCUGUUCCUUAUGAUUAGUCCUGUCUGAUGGGUAAAAGACUUACCAUGCAUGUAUGUACGAACAAGUACUAGAACCUCAUUAUAAUUGAGAUCUACGAAGC